CGCUCAGGUCCUGCGAAUAACGGUCGCUCAAGCCAGAGUUCGAUCGCGCCCGGGCCCUGUGACGAGAAGACCGAGGUGGCGAUGGCGAUUCGCUCCUACCGCACCGACUGCCUCCAGGAGCCCCUCUCGCGAGCGGUCCGCGCCUUAGGUGCCUCCGUGGGCACCCAUCCGUGGCCUUACCUCCUGGUGCCUUUGGUGGUUUCGGCCGCCCUCUCAAUCGGCUUCAUCUUCUUACCCAGCCGCCAACCGAACGACCUGGAGGAGCAAUUCACGCCCAUCGAAGGCCCCGCCAAAAUGGAGCGAAGUUUCGUGCAGAACUACUUCCACACCGACGACGCCCAUCACUUCUCCCCGGAAAGACUGAGCACCGAGGGCGCUUAUGCCACUUUAAUCGCCGUGACCACCCGACACGACUCGGUGCUGACGAAGGCGGCUUUCGCCGAGCUCAUGAAAAUAGACCGGGCGGUGCGCGGCAUCCAGGCGGCGGGGCUCUCCUUCGACCGACUUUGCGCGCGUAACAACGGCUACUGCCUCAGCCCCAACCCGCUCCUGAGCCUCGUGCACGACAACCCGGCCUACAUCGAGGUGUUGCUGCCCAAUUUAACCUUCCCGGUUUUCCGCGACCGGGUGUUCCUGGGCUUCUUCGUGGGGGGCGUCACGCUGGGCCGGGGCGAUGAGCCUGCGCGCCCACUUCUGGCGGCCCAAGCGGUGCGCCUCAUCUACUUCCUUCAGGAGGAUAACACCACGAAACGGGAGGCCAGCACCGUCUGGCUGGAGGCCUUUCUGGAGCGUAUCCCCCUAAUGCUGGGCGCCCUGAACCUUACCGUCCUCGAGGUAGCCUAUUUUACCUCACUGUCAAGACAGAAUGAAUUUGAAAACCUUGCUAAGGGUGUGAUCCCAUUGGUCUCCAUCGCAUAUCUUUUAACGAUAGUAUUCUCAAUUAUUUCAUGUACAAGGCUAGAUUGUGUCCGAACAAAACUCUGGGUUGCAUUUUUUGGAGUUUUUUCAGCAGGCUUAUCUGUCAUCAGCAGUUUUGGAUUAUUGCUGCUUUAUGGGGUGCCUUUUGUCAUCACAGCUGCAAAUUCACCAUUUCUUAUACUUGGGCAUACAAAUGUGAGACAGGACCUUCCUGGGCAGGGGUUAGCAACCUGCAGCUCUGGAUCCACAUGCAGCUCUUUUGGGCCCUCCACUGUGGCUCCCUGUCAGGUGAUCCCACCACUGGCUGGCCUUGCCCUUCCCUCCCAGUCACUCCUCACCUGGCCUCAGAAGGAAUUGGUGUUGAUGAUAUGUUCAUCCUGGUAUCCUGUUGGCAGCAUACAAAAGUAAAGGAUAGUGUCAAAGACCGGAUGGCGAACACUUAUUCAGAAGCAGCUGUAUCAGUUACUAUCACAACUAUGACAGAUGUUUUAGCUUUCUACAUUGGAAUUGCAACUUCCUUUCCAUCAAUUAGAUCAUUUUGUAUCUAUA